AUGUUCUUGGAAAUACGACAGUUUCAAGAGGCUUAUGAGCGUAUCCUCCACAAUUCUUCUUCUCAUUCGUCCUGCCAGCUUGUUAUUUUUGUAUCAUGCCUCAAUAUUGAUGCGCUAUGUGCUUCAAAGAUGCUUGCUCGGCUAUUCAAGAAGCAAUUAGUCCAAUUACAACUCGUGCCAGUAUUUGGAUACUCUGAUCUGAAACAGCAUUUUGAAAAGCUCGACGAUAAUAUAAAUAGUGUGGUUUUCAUCGGAUGCGGCGGAAUGAUUGACAUUGAAACUUUUCUAGAAAUCGAUGCACAAGAAUACCUCCUUGAGGAGGGACCCGAGCCUAAAUUCAAGCGUGGAAUUUAUAUUCUGGAUACUCAUAGACCUUGGAAUCUUGACAAUUUGUUUGGCUCUCAAAUUGUGACGUGUUUUGAUGAUGGCACGGUGGAAGAAUCCUUGCAAGAACAGCGAGAAGCAUACGAGAAACUUACAAAACUAGAACAAGAGCAACAGGAUGAUUCACAAGAAUCAGAUCCUUCCGAUACAGAAGAUGAUGAAGAGGAAGACACAAUUGACGAUGAACGCAGCAGCGAUGAGGAAAGUGGGAGAAAACGAAACGCCGAAACUGAUACUAGAAGGCAACGGAAAGCGCGAAGGAAAAUGAUUGACAAAUACGAUACAGUAUUAGAGGAGUACUAUUCGCAGGGGACAACCGUUUCAAACUCCAUCUCAGUACAGGUCUAUUCACUAAUAUCGUCCUUAGGUGAAACUAAUUUACAAUACUUAUGGCUGACAAUUUUAGGCGCAUCUUCUCUCGAUACAGCAUUUCCUCAAAUAUACAAUCAAUUACAGCCUUUACUUCAAGAUGAGGUGAAGAGAUUGUCUCCAACUGAGUCAGCAAAGACACCUGAAACGCUUACUUUAAAUAUACAACCUGAUUAUUAUUUGUUUUUACUGCGACAUUCAUCCCUAUAUGACAGCUUCUUCUACUCUAACUAUGUGAAUGCCAAACUGUCCCUGUGGAAUGAGAAUGGCAAAAAAAGGCUACAUAAAAUAUUUGCUAGAAUGGGGAUAUCUCUAUCGAUAGCACAGGAGAACUGGCUUUACAUGGACAAUAAAAUCAAAAGAGAGUUGGGAACUAUAUUCGAUAAAAACUUGGAGCGAUACGGACUUCAAGAUAUUGUACGGGAUGGUUUUGUGCGAACAUUCGGAUACCGGGGGGCAAUUAGUGCCAGCGAGUUUGUGGAAUCUGUCACCGCAUUACUGGAAAUAGGACAAGUUAGCGAUCCAGAUGAAUUAUCGAAGCACAAUGACUCGAUAUUACUCGAAAAUAAUAAGGAACUGUCAGAAGCGUUUUCACGUCGAGAACGUAAGUGGGUCAGUAACUUCUGGCUAAGUUGGGACGCACUUGAUGAUAAUGUUGCGCUCAUGCGUCGUGGUAUCAAGCAUGCCCAGUAUCUCCAGCGAUCCGUCUUCAAUACUGGUGUGGCUGUAUUAGAAAAGAAGUUGAUCAAGCAUUUAAGAAUUUACCGCCUAUGUGUCUUGCAAGAUGGUCCCGACUUGGACCUGUACAAGAACCCACUAACUUUGCUCCGACUGGGCAACUGGAUUAUGGAGUGCUGCGCGGAAUCUGAUGAUAAACAACUAUUACCUAUGGUUUUGGCUAGUCUAGACCAGGAAACUGAAACGUACCUGGUAGCUGGUAUCGCUCCUCGAUACCCCAGAGGUAUUGACGAUGUGACUAGUCGAAAGACCAUUUUAAACAACUUCAGCGUUGCAUUUCAACAAAUUGCGGCUGAAACAGGUGCUAAAGUUAGAAUUGACAAUUUUGAAAGCUCCAUAAUAGAAAUAAAGAAGGAAGAUCUAUCACCGUUCCUAGAAAAGCUUACUCUUAGCGGACUUCUUUGA